AUGAACGCCUUACGGACCGAGUACCCCGCACUCUCAGAAGAUGCUUAUAAGAUCAUUGGACUAAUCUAUAUUAGCGCCCGACCUUUCAAAUGGAAAUGGACACUAGAAGAUGUGAAGGACACGGGUCAGGAAAAUGACAGUCAACCCUCAGCAAACGAUCGAUCAUUAUGGGUAGACGAGGUUGGCUCCAUGCUAACAAACAUGUUGGUUAUGGCUGGCUACCCUUCAAACUCGGAAUCGAUUCAUACCAGGUUCUUUCAUGAGUCAGUCGCACGAUCUUUGGGUCCUCAUCCUAGGGGGUGCGGCCCACCGGACAGCUGGAAGAGCUUCAUGACGGAUGACCAUACCCCAGUCGAGCUAAGCUGGUGCUGGUCUACAACGCUACAGACCCCUACCGUUCGAUAUUCAGUAGAACCAAUUGGCCCAUCCGCUGGAAAGGAAGUCGAUCCCAUCAACACAGCUGCUAGUCUGCGCCUACUUGGAGACACUCUCCCCUUGGCCCCGGAAUUGGAUUUAUACCUGCAUCGCCAUUUCAAAGGGUUGCUUUCAUCACGAAAUGAACCAAUGAAAGAGGACAAUCAAAACUCGCUAGCUCCCCAGUCACAAAGCUUUAUGGCAUUUGACCUUCUGGAAAAAUCCAUUGUUGUCAAGCAAUACUACCUGCCCGGAUGGAGAGCCUUGGCAGAAGGGAAGACCAAACUUUCCAUCGUCGAAGACUCAUUUCAAAAACUUCCUGCACCCGCAAAUGGUUUGAUGGAUUCCAUUGAUAUGUUCAACGAAUUUUUCGGCUCCUUUCCGGAACAUUCACAGCCAGCCGUCGAAAUCGUGGCUAUUGAUUGUUUGGACCCGGCUCAUUCUCGGCUGAAAAUGUAUGUUCGAUCACAUCUCACGACUCUGGAGAGUGCAAUUCACAUGCUGAGUCUAGGGGGAAACGCCCCCAAAACACGCGACGAAGAAGACUCUCUACGGGAACUUUGGUGUUCAGUCUUUGGUUUAAAUCCCGACAAGUAUCAUAAUCAUCAACCCCUGAGUGACAAGGAGCAUCGCACCGGCGGUAUCCUAUACUACUAUGAGCUAAAGCGGGGCAUGAAGGUACCCAAGUCGAAAGUAUAUUUGCCCGUUCGACAUUAUGCGCAAAGUGACGAGCAAAUUGCCCGAGGCCUUACCGAUUACCUUGCCCGCCGUAACAAGACACUGGCGACAGGCUCUUAUUAUGACGGGGUUAAAAAGUUGUGCACGCACCGAGACUUGGCCAACGGAUUAGGAUUUCACACCUACAUAUGCUGGGCUUCCGAUAAGGGCCAAUGGAAUGUGACUGCCUACUUCAAUCCGGAAAUUUACCAUCAUUCUCGGUCUUGA